AUGAGCACGGCGUCGAUCCUGAUGGAGACCGUGAGUCAGGAGCUGAACGUGCCCAAUCGCAGCUUCAUCAACAUCCAGCGCUCCAACUGGCUUAAGCCCGACGAGAUCCCGCGGCUCACAAUCCGAGCGGACGAGUCCCGGCCACAAGCCCGACAAGAGGCACACGCCACCGCCAUGCUGAACAUCCAGCUCCCUGAACACGCGACGGUCAAGGCCGACAGCGGCUCGCCGUCGUCCCCGUCGCACGCCCCGCAGGCGGACGGCGAGCAGGACUUCGCCGCGUUCCUGGAGAUCGGCUCGCCCUACGGCUUCAAGCACGACGUGCACAUCCACUACAACUUCCAGGAGGCCAGGUUCGAGGGCAUCCCCGACAACUUCGCCGACUACCUCGUGUCGGGCGUCCUGGAGCGGAGCCGCGCCGACACAGUCUGCGCGCUGGACGCGGCAUCGCCGGUGCUCAAGCCCAGGCGCCGCGCCAAACGGACGCGCACGAGCUCGGCCCCGCCCGGAAGUCUGAGCCUCUCGAGCAUGUUCGGCAGUCUGGACCCCGUCGGCAGCAACGACCCGGUAAAAAUACUCAACCAGCACUUCAAGCUGCCGUUCCGACAGGUGCCGCGCGUGGCCGUGCCGGGCUACGACGAGAGGGUCCCGGCCGUGCUGGUCAUGCUGCAGCAGCACUUCGUUGCCAAGCAGGGGUAUCUGACGCCGCACAUCUUCCGAGAAUCGCCCAGCAAGGCCGAGCGCGACCAAGCCAUGAUCGACAUCAACUGCGGCGCCUUCCGAGGAGCCAAGCACGACGUCCGAGUGCUGGCCGACCUCAUCAAGCUCUGGUUCCGGGAGCUGCCCGUGCCCAUUCUGCACGAAAUACCCGCAGGCGAGAUGGAGCGUCUCGCGUCCGCUGACAACGCUGAGCUCGAGGUGCUGAGUCUGCUGGGCGACCUGGAGCGCAGCAUCGUGCUGUGGUUAGCCGACCUGCUGGCCUUCGUGGCCGAGUACCAACCGCACAACCACAUGGGUGUGGACCAACUCGCCAUCGUCAUCGCUCCAAACCUCGUGCGUCUUGAGACGGAGAACCCCAUGGUAGCCGUGGCUCUCUCCAAAGCUGCCGUCGACUUGUUCCGAGGCGUAUUGCGGGCACGGUUCCAGCGCAGACGCGAGCUGAAGGCAGCUGGAGUUAUCCAAGACAAAGCGUAG